UGGAAACCACUCCCACUUGGUAUAUCGUUAGUCUCAUGCUCGAUAUUCAGAGGCAGUGAGAGGUGACAUGGCGCUGCAAAGACAUCAGCCCGGUCAAGGAUGUUCUGUUUUAUCUACAAGGAUCUGAUGAAGGAUCCAGUGAUUAUUGCCUGUGGACACCGCUACUGUUUGAGCUUUACUAUUAGACGUUGGGAUAGAGUGGAGCAGAAGAAAAUAUAUAGCUGUCCUCAGUGCAUUAAGACCUUUGAACCAAGGCCUGCCCUGGUAAAAAAAAACGUUUUGACAUGUUUAGUGGAAGAAAUGAAAAAGAAGAAGAUGACAGAACCCCAAGCUGGUCCAUCUGAUGCCUGUUAUGCUGAACCUGGAGAUGUGGUAUGUGAGGUCUGCAGUCCUCCAGGGAGAAAGAGGAAAGCUCUAAAGUCCUGUCUGCAGUGUCAGUUCUCUUUCUGCGAGCAGCACCUCCAGCCUCACUAUGAAGUUCCAUACAAGAAACACAAGCUAAUUGAAGCCUCGAAUUUCCAGGAGAACAUCUGCUCUCAACAUGAUAAGGUAAUGGAAAUUUUCUGCCGCACCGAUCAGCAGGUUAUCUGUAGUUUCUGCUCCAUUGGUGAACAUAAAGAACACAACACAGUUUCAGCUGCAGCAGAAAUGAGCAAGAAGAAGAAAGAGCUCGGGGUGAGUCGGCAAAAUAUCCAGCAGAGAAUCCUGAAGAGAGGGAAAGAUUUGAAGCUGCUUCUGCCGGAGGUGAAGGCCAUCAAUCUCUCUGCUGAUGAAGCAGUGAGGGAAAGUACUGAGUUAGUCAAACUCAUUGAGCAAAGAAGCUCUGAUUUGAAGCAGAAGAUUAUAUCCCAGCAGGAAUAUGAAGUGAGUCAGGUCAAAGAGAUUCAGGAGAUGCUGCAGAAAGACAUCAAAGAUCUGAGGAGGAAAGACACUGAGCUGGAGAAACUCUCACAAACAGAUGAUCAGAUUAAGUUUCUACAGGCCUACCCCUCACUGUCAGAUCUCAGGGACGCUAAAAAACCAUUCAGAUUAAAUACUGGUCCUGUACGAUACUUUGAUGAUGUGACAGCAGCUGUGUCAAAGGCCAGAGGUAAAGUACUGGAGAGAUUUAAUAAGGAAUGGAUGAAGAUCUCAGAGACAGUGACUGAAGUGGAUGUUACAUUUUUGCCAGACCCCCGGACCAAAGCUGAAUUUUACAAAUAUGCAGCCCCCAAAUAUCUUCUCAAACUGGAUCCAAACACAGCGAGCAUGCAGAUACAAUUAUCUGAAGAUAACAAGAAGGCAACCUCAAAGCCAUACAAUCAGCACACAGACAGAGUGAAAGAGCAACAGUCAUAUGAUCCACAUGUCGACAGAUUCAUGGCUAGGUCUCAGGUUCUGUGUGGAGAAGGUCUGACUAAUCGUUGUUACUGGGAAGUGGAGUGGAGUGGUUUAGGAGGUUCAGUAGCAGUCGCAUACAGAGAUGUUCCCAGAACAGAGGGGAAAAGUGUAUUCGGGGACAAUGACCAGUCUUGGGCACUAGAGUUUAGUAAAACUAAUUGUAAUUUCAAACACAACCAUAUAAAAAAAAAAAUCCCUCUCCUCCAAUCCUCAAGGAUUGGUGUUUUCUUGGAUCAAAAGGCAGGAGUUCUCUCCUUCCACAGCGUCUCUGAAACCAUCACCCUCCUCCACAGAGUGCAGACCACAUUCACUCAGCCGCUCUAUGCUGGACUCGGUGUUUAUUAUAAUGGAGCUUCUGCUACACUUUGUGACAUCAAGGUCGAACCACUGUCAAGUGAGGUCAGUGAAAACUAAAUGGACAUUAUUUUGUGAGAUCUGCUGAGAUGUGUGAUCUCACAUAGAGUUGUUCAUAUCAUUGUCUCCCAGAAAACAAUGAGCAGAAUAUCUUUUGUAACCUUUUGUUUUUUGUGUGCCUUUCUUUCAAUAUUUAUUUUGGGUAGGGACAUAGGGGCUCAGAUAAAUAAAACAUAUAUACAGUCUUUAACAUAUGGGAGUUUACGUAAGUUAUGUAAGGGGAGUUUUGAGUAGAUGAUUGCAGCGUGUUAGCAAGUGGCUAACCUAGCUGCUAGCAGAGGGUGUCUCAGUCUGUAGGGACUUAACAAAGGAGCUGGAGGGACACCGGUUCAACUCCCAGAAUGGACCAAGUACGGAGAGAGUACUAUACUUUAAAAGUUGUUAUUUAACCACCGCCUUCCCCUAGCCUGCAUGAUAUUAAGAUGGGUGAAAUGCUUGUGCUGCAUGUCGAUUAAAUCAUUAGAAUUCUUUAACACAGUCGAUAAUCCAAAGAUAUUUUAAACUGAAAUGCGUGCCUGUUUGUCACGUGAGGGACAACCUCUGACAUACAAUAUUUAGUUUAUUCUAUAUUUAUAUGUAUUUGUAUCUUCCCAUUUGUGAGUCAAAUUGUCUUGGUGAACAUUGUUUUUCACAACAGGUUUCACAAGUUGUGCUUUUGAAUAUGGAAAAUCAGCCGUCUGUAAAUAGAUGUGGACAUGUCCCCUGUGUAAAAAACAUCUAUUUGGGUGU